AUGAACUCUUUGACUGUACUCAGUGAUCUCCGUGCUGCCAAAGUCAAAAGACAACAGGAAAGAUUACAAUGUACAGAGGUGAAAAAGCAAUUUGAAGUAAUUAAGAAUCUGCAAAAAAAGAAAUCAUUACUUAAUGCAAGGCUGCAGGCCUUGAGUCAAGGAAUUUCAGUUGAGGAAUUUGAUUAUCCAGAGGAAGAUCUGAGGUUCAAAAGAAGUACUCUGUGUACUCUGAAAGAGACGUUGCAUGCCUACAGACUCAUAGGACCUUGUGGCUUGACUGUUGCAGAAGUUGAUGCUGAUCGCUUGGUAGUCACUUUCACAUCAGUGUGGAAAAACACUAUGGAGUCAUAUAUUCUUAAAAUUGUGGCAGUGGACGGACAGGUCAAGGUUUCAGGUACCAACAUUCCUUACUUCAUUGAUGUUCAGUCCAUGCUGGACAAGUCCAAGAGUCCACAGUGGCUUCAGCUGAUGGAUGACAUUGGUUACAUGUUGAAUGCAUAUAUUCAUAGAAAGGGAGAGCUAGCUCUUGUCAUGGAAUCCUACAAAGAAUUUAUCAAGCUUGCCAGCCCAAAUGAGUCACUGACAUCCAUAGAACUCACAGUCUCUCAAACAGAUAGGCAGACGGGACUUAACAAAGACAUUUGUGUAUAUUUGGUAUAUGCUGGCAUAGACUGUACACUUCCUGAACGCGUCACCAUAACCACAGAAAAUAUGAUCAUCAGCAGUCAGAUUUGUUCAGCACUAAGACAGAAGUUUUUGUUACUCCCUCUAUCAGACGUAAUAACAGCGGUUGUGGAUUUGAUCAGAUCUAGUAAAGUUAUUAGCCUUGCGGGUGUGAGUGAUGAAGAUAAGUGA